UUCUUGAGACCCCAUCAUGGCUGGAUUCAUAAAGAACUCUUUGAGAUUUAAAAUCCAAAAAUGAAGGUGGUAAUUUGUUUUCCCUUGACACUGCCAUCGAUGGGUGAGUGGAGCCACAGUUGUUGUGAUGUUGGAAACUGUCAAUAUUUGCUUUUUCUCAUAAUUUCAUUUGGAUAUUGUAAGAGAGUCAUCGUUGCUCUUCUUCAUCAGCUUCAUAUAGUCGUUGAGGAAAUUUAUACCUCUGUGGCCUGUGGCUGCUUUGGUGAUAAUUAUCUGAGCAUACAAUGUUUCUUUUUUCAGCUUGCUGACUGUUGUCCUUUUUCACCAGUUGUACAGGAAUGACGAAUUCUCAACUUUUUCACCAUAGAGCCUGGUCCCAGGCUGUUAUCCUAGACAAAUUCUGCCUUGAUCUGAUCUACUACCAGCUAGACUGCAAAACAAUGGAUUGUUUUCAUUCGUGUGAGCCUUACUCUGUUUUGGUGUUAUUGCUUUUUGCCCAUAUUUGGUUUAGUUUGAACCAGAUGUUUGUCAUUGAAAAUUGAUUCGGAUUGCGUCAUUGCGUAAAGUUGCACUUAUUAAACCUACAGUGUGGUGGAAAGAACCAGACCUUCCUAUGUUUUCAUAGAGGUUUUCGAGUUUUUUUUGUUUUCGAAAAAACUUAAAGAGAGCCUUUGGUUUAGUUUGAACCAGAUGUUUGAAAGCUUUCUGGAAAGAACCAGACCCUAUGUUUUUUCUUUCCGACAAAAAAACGGACGCUUUCUCCUUUCUCCGACAACGGACGGCAUACGUGGCUUGAAAUCAUUGUUGUUAUGAUGGAAAACUUGCAUCUUUGUUCAUUUAAUGCCAAACAAGUUUAGCUGUCUUGACUUGCAUGUGUUUGUCACCAUUUUUGUUUUGUUUUUUUUUUCUACUUCAGCGUAGUCUGUUUUAAGUAGCAAGUUUAGUUUCUCUGGUUCAUUUUCCUUGAUUUCUUUUUUCUCUUAGCACCACAUUUUCAAUACAUUCAGCCACAAAGACGUACUUUUUACUUUGUUUGGGUUUUUGGAAUAUUUUUUAACUGUUCUAUUGUUGUUUUGCACGCAAAAAAGUAAAAUCGUUAAUUGCUGAAAACCUGAUGGCCUUUUUCUUAAAUUUUGUUGUUAAAACAGCUCUAAUCUGAUUGGUUCUCAUUGGUUUCUUUUGUGUUUUUAGCCAAUCAGAAAUCAUUUGUAAUUUGCACUCAUGUUACAAAUUUGCAGUCGUGUUACAUGAGAGCUGCACUCCUUUUUCAGCUAAUCAGAAUUGAGCAAUUUUUUUGUGCAUAUUAUAAUAAUAAUGUACAUGUAUAACAUAUAUUUUUCAAAAUGCAUUUAUUGUAAAUAGGAUUUUAAUAGUUAGCAUUGUUAUUAAAUAAUAAUAAUAAUGAUAAUAACAUCUGGUAUUCAUUCAUGAGUAAGAACUGUAUUUUUUAUUGUUAAUCUCUUUGCCUUCCCUUUGUACAUGUAUAACAUAUUUCUGCACUUGAGCCUUCUUCAAUCUGCAGCAGUUGCAUCUGGCUCUUAUUCUGGACAAGACUGAUAUUAAUUAGCAUAGUAUUCACCAAAUCAGUGGAUAACUAUUUUUGCGCAUUCUGAUUUGCUCCCGUGACUUGGAAUAUCCUUGAAUAUUCACUCUUUUGGGACAGGAUUCAAAAUGGCUCCUCGUUUUGCGACAGUUUCAAAAGUUAAAAUUUUAGCGGAAAAUGAAGGAGCUGCUCCAAGAAAUACCAAGAAAGAGACAAAUUUGGGUUGUUGAUGUUUACUGGUCGGUAGAAAAAAAUUUUCUGACUGAAUUUGCAACAAAAUUAUAAAAAAUGAUCCCCAAAGCACUGUCAAUUAAAAUAUAAACAAACUGUCCCUAAGUGACGUUUUUUAUUUAUGAAAAAUUCCUUUUUGAUUUUUAUCCAACUGAUUUGGUAAAUAUUAUACUAAAACAACUAUCCCUCUCAGUGUCAGUUCAUAGCGCCACUAAAUAUAUACCUUGACGCUUCACGUCUAGGUAUAUAUCCACCACUAUUCACCUCCCCUUUGGGGGAUACUUGUUUCUAUCUUAAAUACUGAGUGAUGAGCUCAUUCCAUUUUUUAAAAAAAUUUUUCUUAGUUUGGUUUUGUUUUCUUUUUACUUGCCAUUUUGACCGUCAGUUACCCUUUUUGGCCAGCUGACAUUGUUUGUAACUGUUUAUCUGUUAAAAUAAUUGUUGUUUUUUAUUGCAGAGGCUUAUCUUAUUUCUGAGCCUGGCAGCUUGUCUGGAUAGCAUUGGUUUUUUGCUGGUAAGUCUGUCAGGUCCUUGAAUCAUUCCAGGGUUAGGUUAGUGGUCUUAUAGUGGUCAAAAUAAAUUUUGGAAAAUAUAAUUAUGAGAAGGAGGCAAAUCAUGUUUGGCUGAGAAUUAAUAGAGUGCUGGACUUGCAUGUACCUGAGGCUGUGAGGCCCUGAGUUUAAGUUCCCCAUAUGCAUGGAUCCUGCAUGUAUUUCAGCCAGUUGGAUUUGCUCUCAGAAGUCCUGAGUUCAACUCCUUUGCCAUGCUUGAAAAAUAGCUUUUAAACCAGUUUGCCUAGCUAGGACAGCCAGUUGGGAUUCGUUUAUAACCUUGUUACACUGUAUGUUUAGUUUCCAGUAUUUGUUUCUUAUUCUGUUCUAGUUAGAACUAUUCUCUGGACCUUAUCAAUUUUCUGGGCCACAAUGAAAACUGCUGGGUAACAAGUUAUUGUACAAAUAAUAAUAUGCCCAUCAAAAUCAUUUUCUUUCUCAUUCACUGAUUUUUCUAAGUGUCAUUGCCUUGUACGAAAUUAAAAUAGGUUUAAGUUAAAGCAGGUGGUUGUAAACUGGUAACAGUUUAGCAUUUUACCUAUUAUAGUUGAAACAUUCAUGUAAUUGUUUAUGAAUAGACUUAUCUGAUUUUCCCUUUUAUCAACCAGUAACACUGUUUAAAUGCAACCACUCAAGUGUGGAGGUGUGAGAUCAUUUAUGGAAGCCAAGAAAACCAAGGAAACUAAAAUCUUUUUUGAAAGGUUAUUUAGCUGCAAUGAAAAGGUUAAGUCUUCAACAGAGGUCCAAGAAAAUGUUGAGUACUUUUGAAUUGCAUCUGAGAUCAAAUACUGUCAGAAACAAACUGCAGCAAAAAUUACUUAAUAUGCAUGAAUGCAGUUCCCUCCCCUUUUACCUCUCUAUUCUCUCCUCAAUUUUUUUCCGUCGUCAAUUUUUUUGUCCAUGCUCUACUUAAUUCUUAAUUCAGACAGGGGUUCCCCCAGAUGACAGUUCACUGUGUGACUUCCAGGCGUGGUUACUCUCUUUUACAGGUAUGUGGCUGAGCUUUAACUGACAGUAGUAUAGGCUCCUUCGAGUAUUGUUACUCAGGGUGAAUUUUUUUAAAUCUCCAGUUGAACCUCUCCUAAACAAACACCCAAAAAGAUUUAGUGGUUGGUUAUGGCAGUUGAUUACCUACAAGAGUUGGUCAAAAUUAUAUUCGGAUUAAUGUAAAUUUUUUUAACCUUUUAUUAGUUGAUUGUUGAUUUCCUUUGACUCCUAGCCCUGAUCAUUCAUGAAUUAGGGCCAGGAGACAAAGGAAAUUGAGAAUCAACUUAAGUAUAAAAUUUUUAUCUGAAUUUAAGCUUGACCUGUAACAUUUAGGAGAAGUUCUAACAAAGACUUUGAUUGGAAAAUUUUUUUUGUUUUAUGAAGGUGCUUGGUUAUGGGAGGUGGUUAUAUAUGGGCAUUGAACCUAAUUCAAAAACUUAUGUUUUGAUUCUUAUAAUUGUGUGGUUAUAUUCAAAUAUUUCAUUAUUAUAGUAUAUAAGUUGUUAAUUUAUUGUAACUUCUGUAGGAUUUUCAGUCUUGUUGUGGGUUUGCUGCAUCACUUUUAAUUUAUACUGGAAUGUGAUAAAGAUGGUGAAAACAGACCAAUUUGAAAAGUUAGUACCUUUAAUAUGCAAUUUUGCAGUCACAAUUUAAUGUAAAAUUUAUUCUAAUAAUUAUUAUUCAUAGUCACCAUCAUAAUUGUACAUGUACACUGUAGGAGCAUUAUUGUUUUAAAAAUAUGUGUGUACCCUGGGCAAAUCAUUUUUACUCAGCCUGAGUUUGGUUGAUCAUAUCUAUAGCCAUUCUUUCAACACAACGUCCUCAACAACUUUCAACACCUCAGCCACACAUUAUGUCAUUCUAAAGGCCAUAGAGAAAUUAGUGCCUAAUAAACCUUGGGAGUAAUAACUGUACUGAAUUCAUGGCACUCAUAAAAGCUAGGAAAAGUUAUGACAGAUAAUUCAAGAUGUGAUUAGAAGGUGCAAAAAGAAUUUUAAAAUAAUGAUGGAAGUGUCACUUACACCCAAAAGCUGCUAUUUAGUACCACUGCUUACACAGGACUGUCAGCAAAUUAGCAUGUGUUCUCCUAUUAGCUAAUUUUCAAAUUAUUGAUCUAAUUGCAUAUGAGUACAGGGUUCAAAAUAAAAUCUCUAGGCUUUUUUCCUCCAGGCUUAUUUUUUUCCCAGCUGUCAAUAAUGAAUAAGUUCAGUAACAGCUGGCGAUUUCAAAUUCUUGGAACCCAUUAUGAACACACUUGUUUCCGGUAAUUUUCCCGCCCACUAUCCCACCAUGUCAGGAUCAUAUUGAAAGAAUCAAUAAUAUUGAUUAUUGGGAGAUAUUUGCUUGUCUUUUUCCAGUGUUUGAAUGUAGAUGUCUUCAAUGACAUCACUGAUUCAUGUGUGACGAAAAUGGCAUAAUUAUUCUAUGAAUCAGGUUUUUUUACUUUCCGCAAUCUGUGUGUGUGUACUGCUUCACUAAUAUGAAAAAUUAAUGGAAUCUACCAAUGUCGGAGACUUCAUGUUACGUGACAAUAUAGUGACACGGAUGUUUAAAUUAGGUCUAGAUUUUAUGAGACAAUGAACACUUUAGCUGCAAGAAUUGAUUGACCUUUUUCUGAUUAUCACCUAGCAACAACCAAUCAUAUCUAAUGUAUACUAGUAUGAAAUCGAGCGUUCUUUUCCAUGUUUGAGAGAGUAGCUCUUGCACAACUGCUGUAACGAGUGAAUACAAGUGAGCCAAGUGAUUAAAUACAAUCGACUCUACUGAUUGUCUUAGUGUAGCUUUCGUUGAUCUGGAAACCCUAGUGAACGGGGCAAAGUUCUCAACAAGUGGCACCUCCGGCAACGGCACUGUAGAAGGAUAAGAACAACUGUUGUAAGUAUAAUUAGUCCUGAUUUUCUGCCCGUGCGAAGAUGGAAGCGACCCAAGCAAAUCUGGAUAUCAAGGUCACACAGCUGAAAAUGAGCAUUGGAAAAACGAACACCAUCGUAGAAGCAGGGAAGGCAGAAGCGAUCGAGAGACAUCUUUCCACCUUACGGUCCCUAACUACAGAAAUUAAUCGAAUGCGUCUAGAAGUGGAGGCGACAAAACUAGCAGCGAAGGAAGAGAUUGCCGACAUCGAGGCGUGGAAUAGCGGGAUUGACGCACAACUGGAAAAGGCAGAUUACGAAGUGGAUAAAAUGCGCACAUGGGUCGAUGACCGAAAAAGAGAAGCAGAAGCAGUUGUCAAACAAGAAGAACUUAAGUUCCACAAAGCGAAGAUACAGAUGCAGGCAGAAAUCCAAGCUACGGCACACCCCCAAGAAACGAUGACGACGCCAAGCGACAUACAAGCUAAGCUGCCUAAACUGACCAUAACGAAGUUCGACGGUACCUACAAAGACUGGCCACGAUUUUGGGGACAGUUCACUGAAACAAUCGAUAAAACAGGCGUUCCACCGAUCACGAAAUUUUCCUACCUUCGAGAACUAUUGGACUUCAAAGUAAAAAAGAACGAUAGAGGCGUUGCCCUUCACAGCAGAGGGAUACAAUCGGGCGAAGAGUAUCCUAAACGAGAGGUUCGGAAAGGAGUCAGAAAUCGUCAAAGCCUACAUCAAAGAGAUUCUGGAUCUCCCUCAAUUUCAAGCGCAAACCCGAGGAAAAUUGGUGGAUUUAGCGAAAAGCUAACGUAUUGCGUGCAAGCUCUACAGACAUUAAACAAACUGGAACAGGUCAACGGAGCGGCCUCCAUGACUUUAGACAAAUUGCCAGCGAUCCGUGGAGAUCUCGUCCGGAUCGACCCAAGCUGGGAAAGCUGGGACCUUGCGAAACUUUCAGAGGCAGUUCGAUUGUGGACCAGGAGGAAUCCGGCAGAUACAAACCAGCGCGAACAAACAGAACAACAAACAGCAAAACAGAACUUACGCCAGCAGGCAAGAAUUUACCACACGCGUCGUGGCUCCGAUUUAAAACCCCGCUGUUGGCCUUGCGUGUACUGCGGCGAAGAUCACAAAGCCGUCGAAUGUACAAAAGUGACAGAUGUCUCUGAUCGAAGACAAAUUCUCCUCAACAAACGUCUGUGUUUCAACUGCACCGCCGGAAACCACCGCGCCGUCUAUUGUCCCAGCAAAUCCGCCUGUCAGCAAUGCCGCAAGCGUCACCACACGUCCAUUUGUGAGGUACCCAGGCAAGAAACUAAUCAGCCAACACCUACGAGAGGGGUCGCCUUGACUACAAACCAAGUCGGAGAGGGUUUGUUUCCUGUCAUCGUGAUAGAAGUCAAUGGCAUUAAAUGUCGAGCACUCAUCGAUUCAGGAGCUGGGAGCUCAUACGUAUCAGCGAAACUGAUCGAAUUACUUCGCCUGAAGCCUGCUGAUAUCCAGACAAAAACAAUCGAUAUGCUAAUGUCUUCAAAAGUUGCCAGACUAGAAGUCUACGAUCUUGAAUUACAAUCUGUUGACCAUCAAUAUUCGCUGUCAGUCAAAGCGACCAAAGUAAACAAGACAGAACUGUUGUCUAUUGACAACCCUAAUUAUCGCACGCUAAUUGAAAAGUACUCACAUUUGAAAGGCGUACAUGUCAACGAUGAUGACACGAAAGCAUCUCUUCCGGUCCACGUGGUGCUUGGGAGCGGAGAGUAUGCCAGAAUCAAAACUGAAACGAAACCGAGAAUCGGACGAGAAAAUGACCCCCGUAGCGGAACUCACCAGGUUCGGAUGGUUCCUUAUGUCCCCUGGAAAGGAGUUCGACAAAAACAUCAUGCUGUUUACCCAAACAAGUCAAAGCGACUAUGAAGACUUGUGCAAACUAGACGUCUUGGGAUUACGUGACGUGGCCGAUCAUGACCAGGCAAUGGUGUACGAAGAAUUUAAAGAGCAAUUAACGCGUUCGCAAGAGGGCUGGUACGAGACUACCUUGCCGUGGAAGGCAAAUCACUCACCACUACCCUCAAACAAGGAAGGCAGCCUCAAGCGACUUAAGAACCUGACCAGAAAACUCCAACGUGAAGAUCUUACUGUCAAAUACAAUGAUAUUAUUCAGGAGCAGCUGACUGAAGGAGUUAUCGAAAAGGCACCCCCUGUUUCCCAGCCAGAAAAGGAGUUCUACAUCCCUCACAAGUGCGUAAUUCGCAAGUCCGCUGAAACCACAAAGAUGAGAAUUGUUUAUGACGCCUCUGCCCGAGCGACACCCAAUUCCCCCCCCUGAACGACUGUUUGUACUCAGGACCCCCACUUCAGAACAGACUAUGGGACGUGCUCGUCCAACAGAGAGCCUACCCAGUAGUCUUAGCGGAGAUAUACAGAAAGCUUUCCUACAGAUUCGAAUCCAUGAGAGCGAACGAGAUGCACUCCGAUUCCAUUGGCAGACUGACGGCACCUCUGAAGUGGAGACUUACAGGUUCACACGUGUGCUCUUUGGGCUUGGCCCUUCGCCUUUUCUGCUGGGCGGUGUGCUUGAAUACCACUUCGAUAGCUGGGCGCAGAGAUACCCAGAAGAGGCUGAACGGUUGCACCGAAGUUUCUACGUAGACGACUUGUUAACAGGCGGUCAAAACGAGCAGCAAACUAAAGCGCGAAAAGAGAUAGCGCAAGAGAUCAUGAGUGACGCCACAUUCAAGCUACACAAGUGGCACUCCAACUGUCCAGAGCUUGAAGAAGAUAGCCGCCAACAAGAAACAGAAAUACAAAGUACCCAGCUUAAAACGCGUGAAAAGAGCGCCAACUCUCCCACAGAAACCGAAGAGCAGUCGUACGCCAAGCAACAGUUGCAAGUCAAGCCAAGUGAAUCAAAACUAUUAGGAGUCAAGUGGAACAAGGUUGAGGACACUAUCGCUGUACAGUUUCCUGUCGUAAACACAAGUAGCGCAAUAUCAAAACGCGAAGUACUGGCCAAACUAGCGAAAGUGUAUGACCCUCUCGGCCUGGUUAGCCCUGUGACAUUGCAAGGCAAACAAAUCUACCGCGAAGUGUGCGACUACAAAGCAGCAUGGGACGCACCUAUCCCAGAGAAUCUCAGAGUACGAUGGCUUAAGUGGGAACAUUCACUUCCAGACGAAGUAACCAUACGAAGACCUAUUGCACCACAUCAGCAACCAGUUCUCUCAUUCGAGCUACAUGUCUUCGGAGACGCAUCGACCCAUGGAGUCGGAGCAGCGGUGUACUCGGUCGUACGCCAAGAAGAUGGAAUCACACAAACCCUUGUAGUGGCGAAAGCAAGAUUGGCCGAAAGAAACCUAACCGUACCAAGGUUGGAGUUGGUCAGCGCCCACAUGGCUACCAAUUUAGUUGUGAACGUGAGAAACGCGCUGAAAGACUUACCUGAGCCCACGGUCUACGGUUGGCUGGACAGCACCGUCGCCCUCCACUGGAUACUAGGAAAUGGUCUGUACCGACAGUUCGUCGCUAACCGCGUGCAGAAGAUAAAACAACACCCACAGAUUCAGUGGAGACACGUGCCUACUAGCGAUAACCCAGCAGACUUAGCGAGCCGAGGAGGCCAGGUAACUAAUGCAGAGCUCUGGUGGAAUGGUCCAUCAUGGCUGCGUCAUCCAGAAAAUUGGCCAGAGAACCCAGUUACAGCAAAAACUCAAGCUUCUGAAGAAGAGGCGAAAGUAAUCAGAGAAGUGCUUAGCCUAGGAAACGUACAACCUAAACAAGAACGAAACGUGUUCGACGAACUCCUCGAGCGACAUGAUCUCCGUCGAACUCUACGCAUCCAAGCUUGGGUGCGACGUUUCACAACUCACAGAGCGCGCAGAGGACCACUAACUAGCGAAGACAUACAAGAGUCAAAGAAUUGGUGGAUAAGAAGGGUCCAGUCCCAAGACGCGAAAAAGCCUUACUUUGAACAGACCAGGCGUGAACUCAACCUAGUUCCAAAUGCUGACGGGGUGCUCGAAUGUCAUGGCAGAGUUCAAGGACAGUACCCAGUCUACUUGCCAGCUGGUAGCCUAUUUACAAGAAAGCUUGUACAGCGUACGCACGCCGAGACCUUACAUGGAGGUGUAUCCCUCACCAUGGCAGCAAUCCGUGAAGAAUACUGGAUCCCAACUCUGAGACAGCUAGUUAAGUCUGUGCGAUCCGCGUGUUGGGGCUGUAAACGUUUCAGAGCUUUACCUUUAACAGUACCACCCCCUGGACCGCUACCUACAGACCGUACCCAUGGCAGGGCUCCCUUUGAAGUCAUCGGAACAGACUUUGCGGGACCAAUCUACUACAGACUGAGCCAGAAACGAGAAGGGAAAGCAUACCUGGUGAUAUUCUCUUGCAGUCUGUCGAGAGCAGUACACCUAGAGCUGGUUCCCAACCUGGAAACUAAUGCGUUCCUGCCAUGUCUCAAACGCCUCAUAGCCAGACGAGGGCGUCCGGCUGUCAUUUACUCUGAUAAUGGUAGCACGUUUGUCAAAGCUGCCAAGUGGUUGAAGCAAGUACGGCGACGAGCAGUUGCAAGGAUUCCUGGAGUCCCAUGACAUACAGUGGAAAUUCAACCUAAGUCGCGCCCCUUGGUGGGGCGGCCAAUUUGAACGCCUGAUCGGAAUUGUGAAGACAGCGAUGUACAAGGUCAUAGGGGAGCUACACUGUCCUGGAGCGAAUUGAAUGAAGUAAUCCUGGACGUAGAGACUCAGGUUAAUCGUCGCCCACUCGGUUACGUUGAAGGCGAUGUUGAGCUGCCCAUCCUGGCGCGGCUAGCCUUAUGUUCCAACGAACCAACCAGCUUCCUGAGGAACAGGCCUGGAGAAUUCAAGACCAAUUUGCGCGAGGCGAGCUAAAUAUUUGCAGACCUGCAAAGACCACAUGUGGAACCGAUGGCAACGUGAGUACCUAACCGCCCUGAGAGAGCGCCACAACCUGGUACACAAAACGGCAAAUUAUCGAGUCAGAGUUGGCGACACUGUGCUAGUACGAUCAGACAGCAAGAAUCGAGGGAAGUGGCCACUAGCUAUUGUCCAACAGACCUACCCAGGACGUGACGGCCACAUCCGUGCAGUGCAGCUGAGAACCAGUAAGGGAGUUAUAGAGCGUCCUGUUCAGCACCUGUACCCGUUGGAGUUGCAGUGCGAACCCACAGUGCCAGCAGGAACAGAACGGCGGUUGAACCAUAACGCGCCAAUUUUCAGACCUAGAAGAACCGCUGCGGCUGCGGCAGCUGCCAGAAUAAAGGAGAUUGCUUAUAAUGAAGAAAUUGAACAAUUUUGAACUUGAACAGAGUGAUUACUAGCGAAGUUUUCGAUCUAGCCUUUGAUUAUUUUCGGAAUCGUAAAAAUAGAUGUUUCAGUCUCCUGAGUAUUGAAUGCACCCUUGUAUGCAAUGCUGCAUGGGGGAGUGUGUCGGAGACUUCAUGUUACGUGACAAUAUAGUGACACGGAUGUUUAAAUUAGGUCUAGAUUUUAUGAGACAAUGAACACUUUAGCUGCAAGAAUUGAUUGACCUUUUUCUGAUUAUCGCCUAGCAACAACCAAUCAUAUCUAAUGUAUACUAGUAUGAAAUCGAGCGUUCUUUUCCAUGUUUGAGAGAGUAGCUCUUGCACAACUGCUGUAACGAGUGAAUACAAGUGAGCCAAGUGAUUAAAUACAAUCGACUCUACUGAUUGUCUUAGUGUAGCUUUCGUUGAUCUGGAAACCCUAGUGAACGGGGCAAAGUUCUCAACACCAAUAACCUGUUGCUAGCACGUGACCAAAAUCUUUUUUAUUUGAAAUUUCACUUUCUUCCGUGAGAAACCUUAAAAAUAUGUUAAUUGCACAUAACUUGGCAUGCAUGUUUCACACUUGAACAAACACAUGAAAGAAUUAGUUGUUCACGUUGAACAAGAAUUUUCCUUUUCAACUUUUGCAGCACAAAUUUCCAAACCAUUUCCUACUCUCUUUUUUUACUCAGUUUAAAAUGUUUCCAAACAGUUUUUAAAGCGUUUCUUGGCUGCUUUAUUGUCUGAUAUGAAAUGUUUACCACGACAUUACAAAAACUUUGAUCUCAGUGGGCUGAUCAAAGCAUGACAUUUUCUAUUUCUCCAGUGAAGAGUCACCAGCAAGUGUGGUCAAAGUGAGGGCUGCUUUUUCGAACCCUCAAGUAUUUGCAAGUUUAUUAUAUGUGAUACAAAAAAUUAAUGUACCAUGUCUGUCCACCUCUAGGUAUUACCACCUUGUUUCUUGGGGUAUUCCAUUUGUUGUAGCUUGUCUGCCUCUUAUUAAUGAUCAUUAUGGACCAGCAGGUGCCUGGUGGUAAGUAUCAUAGGAUUGUAUAUAUCUUUUUAACUGGCUAAUUUUUUUAGUGAAACCUGUGUUGCAUUUUGCCACUAAACUAAAUUCCAGUGUUAUUCAAAAACGUAAUUUUUGGGGGGUGCCCUCCUAUGAUCUGUUCACCUCUGCUCGCAGAUUUAAAAGCAGUAUUUCUUGUGCCAAUGGUGACUGGCAUUCACUGAUUGGUCCUCUCUGCUUUCUCAGCUGGUCGACAAUUAUGGCACAAGAGGAGGAUGUUCCAGGGGUGCAUCCUUUACAAGUAAAAUUCAAGUACAGUGUAAGGGGCCAAGAAAUUAUGAUGUGCAACUGCGACUGGUGGAAGGGAGUGUGGGGGAGAAGUAAUUUAAUUACCACUAGAAAGUUCGACAGUCCUUUCUGAACCAAAGUUUGGACCCCCCCUCCCACCCUCCCCAAUAAAAAAUUCCUGGAUCUGCUCCUGACGUCAUAAGCAUUUUAAGCUUGCUGUUUGUCUACAUAUUUAUGGAAUUUUUCAUUAUGAGAUUCUCAUGUAGCAUUGAAUAAUAUCCUAGUUUGAAGAGUAGAUUAGAAUAUUAUGAAGUGGUUAUUUUAGGAAGCAGAUAACAGUGCAACAUUUUGUAUUUGUUUCAUUUUUAUGAGAUUAUUAUAUAUGGUACAGUUCAAAUUUGAUUUCAGAUUAAAAUUUUUUAACUUAGGUUGAUAAUUCUUAAUUUCCUUUGUCUCCUAGCCCUAAUUAUUCAUGAAUUAGGGCUAGGAAACAAAGGAAAUUGAGAAUGAUUACCGGGGUUAAAUCAAAAUUGACCUGAAAUCAAUUUGACCGGUAACAUAUAUAUAACCAAAGAUUGGGGCAAGUCUGUUGAUUUCCUCUAAAAUUAUGUGCAUCAGUAUUUUGGUUGUUGCCCUUUUGUUCCUCAUGGUUGCCACCUUUUGGCAGUUGUAUUCUUUGUCUUUGCCCGUGGGAGAUUGAUAGCUCUGCCCUCCCACCUUCAUGGUUAUAUAGGAGCAGUGUCCUUAAUUAGCCUCUUCAGGUAUGUCAUGGAUUCUCCACUGGAUUCCACUGGAUAACCUCAGAUUGAGAACUGCUAUUCAAGUGAAAGGCCUGGGUACAUGUAGUGUGGUUGCCAUGGUUACAUCCUCGCUUGGUUCUGCUUACUUUCAGACUUUUCGUUACUUCUCACCAGUGUUGCUCAUUACCAGCACCUAACCCCUUUAUCCUGUUAACAAGUUAACCCAUAAUGGCUCUUAAAGACCAACAAGGUAAUUUAAUUUGUUUAUUUUUCCAGUUGGAUUUCUAAGGAGAGUGAUAACAGUGUAGCUUGGAGGUUUGCUACGUAAGUAUAGUUUAAACAGUGUCCUAAGAUUUGUAAUAUUAAUGAUUAUAAGAAAUUUAAACCCUUGACCCGCCCCCGCCCCCCGGUCCCCACCCCUGCCAAUUAUACACUGUAUAUGGUGACAUGAUCCAAUCAUUAUUCUGAUAUUGGUCUAUGGAUGAAAUCCUAUGCUGAAUACAUGUAUCUUGAAAUGAAUCCUUCUUACAGCUUUUAGUGCUUACCAUAAUUUUUUUUCAAUGUUUUCACUUUUUUCCUCUUGGAAGUGAAAAUGUCCAAGCAUAAUUUGUACCCGUUUGAAUUUGUACUUGGACAUCAAAAAUUAAAAUAGAAGACAAAUAAAAGGGCUUUGUGACAAGCCAACUCUUGAAUCAAUUGAAAGUUUUAUUUUAUCGGUUUGAAAAUUGGGAUCAAUAACAUACUGGAGGAGGGGUCCCCAGAUGAUUAAAAAUAGCUGUGUCUUGCCAAGGUUUUUAAAGCAAAAAUUUUUGCUAUCUUUAGUUGAGGCCUAGAUAAAAUUCCAACUAGCAACAUGGCCUCAUCUUCAAUAUGAAUUUGAAAUGACGGCUUUUAAAAUUCAGACAAGGGACAAACGUCCCCCCCCCCCCCCCCACCUAAGAAGGCUUCACAGUUAUUAAGCACUCAAGUGCUAGAUAGUCUUUAUAAAAAGGUCUGUGGUUAUCAGCUCAUUCAGGCAUUUAAUUAACGCAUUCGCUCCUGGAGAUUUUGCCGAAAAACGUGUUUUGAAGCUAGUCGACUGGUUUUCUGGUCACUGUCGUGCUAUAAAGAGCUAAAACUUACCACAGACCGGUUUACAGGUCGUACACUUGGCGGCCUUCUGAUCCAGAUGCAAAACAUCAGCUUGCGAAGUUCGGGCAUGCGCAGAAAGCAAAAUUUCGACAUUUUUUGCGUUUAAAAGUGACACAGCAGUCUUGACUUUUACUUUUCGCUUUUUCUCCUCCCUUCUUUUUUCGCUUUUCUUGCCUCAUUUUUUUUUCUCUUGCUGGGCAUUUAGUAGGCUUCAUUUUGGUGGGAAGAGUUUUUAGGAAAGCUUUUAGGAUCUUAGGAUUAGGUGAAAGGAAAGGUAGGUGGGCAAUGGAACAAGAUUUUCAUGGAGAUUUUCAGGUCAAUGUCACGUGGUUUUUUUGCUUGUUUCUCCGGUGUCCUUGACUGAAUUGUGCUCAUUCUGGUGUGGUUUGAAAGAUCUCUUCACUCUACACAAGUUAGCGAAGAAAGUUGUCCUUGACCAUUAAAACUGAUGACGUCCAAAGGGUAGAAAGGACCUGGAUCCGCACGGGCGGUUACGGGCGGUUCAGGGGCGAAUGGGUUAAAAGACUGGAAAGUAAAGUUGACUCAAAAAUUCUGCUAAAAUCUUAAUUGUUCCAUUACCCACCCCCAGGUCUGCUCUUUCUUCUAUCUUAUCCUACAAUCCUAAAACCUUUUACGAAAACUUUUCCCACCCAAAUGAAGAAUAGUAAAUGCCCAGCAGAAAAAAAAAAUGGGGCAAGAAAGGUAAAAGAUUAGAGAAGGAGAUAAGUUGAUGGGUUAAGGUCAACACUGCUGUGUCACUUUUAAACCUAACCUCUUUCUCGAAAUUUUGCAUUUUUGCUACCAUGCUUGAACUUUGAAUGCUGACAUUUUGCAAAUGGAACAGAAGGCUGUCAAGUGCUCAACCUAUAGACAGCAUUUUCGGCAGUUAAUUGGUUCUUUAUAGCCAGACAGUGACCAGAAUUAAAUGGCUUGACUAGCUUCAAAAUGGAUUUUCACUCAAAAUUCGCAAGGGCAGGUGGGUUAAAUUAGUGACAUCAAGGGACUUAGAUGUACAGGGAGACUCAUAAGGUUAUGUGCUUCACCUGUUGAUUCAGGUCAGGUUGUAAAUAGCAGCAUCUUCCUCUCUCAAAGUUCAGUUUUGUAUCUGUUCAUUUUGUUCAGUUAAACUUAAAAAUGAAUAAGCGCCCAACCUCGAAUUAGCGCCCACCUUGAAUAAACGUCCAUCCUAAAGGCAGAAAAAGUUAAUAAGCGCCCAGCUUUGAAUAAGUGCCCACCCCCAUUUCCCUCCCACCCCCCAAAAAUUGAAUAAGUACUAAUAAGAAACUUGCCCAAAGAUGGAGUUUUCUUCAGAGUAUCACAGAAACCUUGCUUUGUUAAAUCUUCUCGUUUUGUUGUUACCAUUUAUUGUUUGGUUACAAAAUAAGCAUACUACAUUUGCUGAAAAAUGUUGAAAAUUUAAUAAGCACUCAGCCUCGAAUAAGCGCCCACCUCGAAUAAGCACCCACUCUCAAGGUCCAAAACUUUAAUAAGCGCCCAGGGCGGUUAAUCGAAUAAAUGCGGUAUUAAGAAUACUUCCUUCAAAGGGUUAAAUCAUGGACACUUGUGGAACUAUUUGUAAUCUUUUAAACUGGUGUAAUGUUACUAAAGAACUGCGGGAUGCUAAAUACAAAUGCAUUCUUUUGUGUUUUCAUUCACAGCUAUUAUAUUCCUGUGUAUUUAUGCAUCAUUGGGUUGUUUGUUGUUUAUUCCUACAUCUUCAUUACAAUCAAGAGACAGGUAAGCAAUACUGCUGCAGUACUUACCAUUUUAAGGCUAGAGAUGAUUAGUGACUUAAGUGUUGUGUGUAGUAGUUUCCAAGGGCACAAACGUUUUUCUAGUCUGCACAUUAUGCAUCCUUGAUAAUGUUCACAGUAAACAGUGUUAAGGAUUGUCUAAAUUGAAAACGGCGCUUAAUGUUUACAACAUCAGAACGUCACAAAAGUAACUCAGUAAAAGUGCAGUCGAAUAAUCUGGGGCAUGUGGAGCAACCCUCAAUCCAGGCUAGUAUGUUUUAAUCACAACUUGUUUGACGGGCAAGCAAUAUUUUGUUGAGAUGAAGUAAAUUUUUUGGAAAAGGGGGUUUCAUAAUAGGGCUAAGCAAGUGCUCUGAGCUAUUAAACUUCAGCCUCAGUUACAAAAAAACUAGUUUUAUACUAUACGCCAAGUGGCCAACAAGCUUGUUUUGGUAACAGACCUUUUCUCCUUCAGGUUCAACGCUGGGGUGGUACGUAUAGUGCUGAAGCUGAGAGAAAUAAAGUAAGUUUAACUUUGUACUUUGUUACUCCCUAAAGAAUUAAUAGAUCUAACUGUAGGUUUUUGUUUAACUGGCAUCUGCACCUCAACGGCUGUUCUCCUGUAAUUACUUGAAGAUAAUCUCAAAAUCCUUUGAGCUUCCUUAAAAACAUUUCCCACAGAAAUAAAUAAGUGUAGUGAAUGCCGGCCUAGCCAGGGGUGGGGGAGAAGUGGGGGGGGGAAGAGAAACAAAGGGUACAAAGCCAAGGAGUCAAGCGCACCUUUUUUUCCUAAAGGGAAUCUUAAAAUGUUACCUCUCCACAUUACCAAACUUAGAAAGCUGUAAUUUGGGAUCAGGAAAAGAAGCCAGUAUCCAAUCUUAGGGGGACUUUAAGAUUCAACGUGGUGACGACAGCGAGAACGUCUGAAAAAACAAUAUGCUUAAUAACCAAAACAACACCUUUGCACGUGCAUAACGGUUUUUUGUACUUUUUUUUACCGUUUUUGCACGACUGCGAUGUGAAAUUACCUAAUUUCGUGUUUUAUGGAGAACGUAAACAAGCAACGACGAAAUUUUAUUUCGCUUUCUGAACUUAAGUAUGGUCCCUUGGAAUUCAAAUUCGGAGGGUUCGCGUACAUUUGACAAAGUAAGUAAGUAGGAAUAAUCGCGAUAAAGACUGAGAGAACGCAAAUUCACUUUUUAAGCGACGCACUCGUUGCUUUCCCAAAUGUGAUUGUCUGGGUCGUUUCGAUUCAUUUGAUCAAAUGGUGACAGGGAAAAAGCUUGGAUACUUUCAAUCAGCAUAUUUUUGGUUAAAUCCAUGAUAAACGGAUCUGGUUAGUGGACCUGCAGCCCAGCUACAACCCCGGACAAAACUCUUGAGACAUUCCAUGGCUUUGUAAUUUCGCACUAUACUCCCUUUUCCUCUAAACAGAACAAAUUCGGAGGGGAGGGGAGGGUAGGGGGAGACGACCAUUCAAUUGGCUACGGUAAGCAUUUUUGUCGGGACGAGUGCAAAAAGUAGGUUUUUUUGUAAUCAAUCUCAACAGGUUUUGUACGGGGUUGUAGCUAACUGCUCUACAACUCUGACACUUUGCUCUUGUUGUCAUAAAUGACGGUUGGUUAUGAGAGGGGUGAAGGAAAAAUCCUUUCGUAGAAGAAUUGUGGGGGAUUAUUAUAAGAUUGUCACUGUUUUCACUCCACUUCGUUGAUUUUUUGUGUGAAAACCAUCCCAAAAACUUGCAAAAAGUGCAAAGAAGCGAUAGUGUGCAAAGCAUCAGAAAACAAUCGUGCGUAGCUUCAAUUUUGUACUUUUUCGUCGACAACUUCAGCUUGAAUGUUAGCCCGGCCGGGAAUGUUAGGCUGAAUUAAUUGAUAAUCGUAGUUAUCACUGAAAUUAUUUUUUCUUACGUUUUGCUUGUAAGGCUCUGAUGAAGGAGUAUAUUAAGCCACUCAUGUGGUACCCUGUUGUUUAUCUGGUGACCACAAUAUGUCCUCUUAUAGACAGGUUAGUAUGAGGCUCACAAUCGAAUGAUGUUGAUCUCUAGGCUGGGGUCUUUCAGACGGUUUAAAUACGGCAUUGCGAGGCUUGAAUGGUUCUGAGAGUCUUUAAACAGGCAAGGUUUUAAUACAGCCCAACCUUACCGCAAUGGUCACCUCGGUCAUAGCGAGUAAUAACAAUGGUGAAUGUAUCUGCCGGGCCGAAGAAGAGUGGCAGGGCAAAGAGUCACUAGCCUGCAAGGAAUAAAAUUUCGCAUAGUAACUUGUUGUCAAGAAUGCAUUUGUUUAGGAAGAAAAGAUUAAAAAAACCACUCAGCUUUGCUCCGAUCGUAUUAAUUAUACGUUGUUACAUCUUUAAAAUGAUAAUGAUAGAUUCCGAGUAAGGGUCGCAAUCAAGGCAGAGGAGGAUUAUUUGGAGAAACAGAGUACCAAAUUGAGACAGACAUCAAAAAACCUGUACGUGCUAUCGUUAUUGGGUUGCCAUGUUUUGCUUAUUCGGUCUGCAUACUUGUUAAGAUAAAAGUAAGCUUUUUUCUUUCAUGUAACUGUCUUUUAUACUAUGUAUUUACUUGGGAAAUGCACAUUUACUUGAGGGAAAGAAGUGUGUACUUCCUGUAACUACGCAGACUACGCAAGAUAUUCGUCUUCGAUCCUCCGUGUGUUUCAUGUUCCAACUAAUGCAAAAUUUAUAUGUACAGGCAUGGAAAAAAAGAAAUUCCAUGAAGACACGAAGAAGCAUUUGAGAGCCGAUAUCGUCACUUUUGUGUCGAAGGAGAUAAAAACGUGACUGAAAGGUCGAUGUUGAAACAUAGUUGUUAAAGAAGCAACGUUUGACCACAUCGACACAGAUGUUAUCAAAAGAUUAGGAAUACGCUUAUGUGUGAAAGAAGUAAAGUGCGUCACAAGCCCUGAAUGUAACCCAUAUGCUGUUGUCACAAUAGGGCUCAUAAUUGACGACAGUUUUGUUUUGGUUUGUUUUUCAGCACAACCAGACUUUUAGAACCCCCCUCUGUUGACAAAUAAAUUGCAAAAAAGGUUUUUGCCCUGUCGAAUAAAGGUAGAGGAUGUUAAGGUUUUUUUUCGCGAACUUUGAAAUGUAUUCGCCUGAAAAAAUUUGGCACUGAAUUUUUUGUGAUGAAGGAAAAGGGGAAAUAUUUGCACGUGACUCUGUUAAUAGCAAAGGAUUGCAUACAUGUGAAUUGUGACCCUCCUUGUUAUUAUGCAUAAUCUAAUGCGUGUUCAUAUUGAGCUACGUUUCUUUGAGAUGAAGUAUGUUUAUCUCACGAUUUGAAGGCUUUUGUAAUUUUUAUUUCCAGAAUAGACAAUGCAGUCAAUUCAGAACCAAACUUCACACUGCUUUUACUUCAAGUUGUUUUCAGCCCAUUAGUCGGUAAGCAAGCUUCUGUCCUCCCUUUAGCAAACGAAAGUGUGGCAAUUAACUAAGCUUUUUUAAAAAAUUGAUCAGUUUAAUUACCAUUACCUUGUGCCUUUAUUACCUCAUUUAAUAAAUGACCAAUAAUAAUAAUAAUGGUAAUAAUUAAUAAUUAACAGAUAAUAUUUAUAGUAGUGUUAUAAUUCAGAUAAUGGCGUAUUGCUGGAAAGUCCGCGGUUCAGAACGAAAAAGACUAUGGGGGAUCGAUUGUUUAUGGUGGCGGCCCUAGUCCUUUGAAACAAUCUUCCUUUGCUAGUAAGGCAAGCUAAAAGCAUUGAUCCUUUUAAACGUUUAGUAAGACUUGUUUAUUUUCUAAGGCAUUUUGUUAAGAUUUUUGGUACAGUUUUAGAACUACAAUCUCUUGCAGGAAUCAAAGUGUUCUUAUUCUCUCCUUCAUUGUUACUUUUGUUCAAGCCGAAAACCGUACAGAUUUUUUGUCUGUAUUAUUUAUCUGUUUUCCUAAGGUUAUCAGCUUUAAAAAUCAGUUUAGCUGUCAACAAAACACUUGGCGAUAACGCGAGUCAUUCGUGUACUACAAGGGCACAACAUUUUUAAAAUUGAGCAUUGCACGCUCACAGUUCAGACACCAUUCGGUAUACAGCAAAUACAAGAGAAACUGAAUAAUAGUUUAUUAAAGUUUACCAUUUCAUUUUUUGCUUUGAUGCUCUCAGUACUGGACAGUACUGUAUUAUUAUUUUUUACUCAAUUUUUGUGAUUUUUUUAAUUGUAAUCCGCUUUUGAUUAUUUAUAUAGAAAGGGCGCACUAUAAAUAAUAAACGUGGCUAUUGUACACUGAGUACAGUACAGUGUAGUAGCUUUAUUAACUCUCCACAAGGACUUUUCAGAGUUAAUUUACAAUUUAUGGAGAAAAAAGGAAAAUAAAUAUAAACUUACAAUAUACCAGUAUUAAAUAUAUUAAGCUUCAAGAUGUAAGUAUACGUUUAUACAUAAUGUACUUAUUCUGAAACAGUAUAAUUUAAAAUUGUCUUGUAAAUGAAUUAAUGAGCUUGCUAAAGUCAUAGAACUACCUUGAAUUCUAGAAGAAUGAAAUUUACUAACAUGGACAUUUAUUUACAGGGGUGCUAAAUGCUAUUGUCUUUGGCAUGGACAAGGAAACGCUUAACAGGCUCAACGUGGAGCAAGUGAAGGUAAAAAAAGAGAGAGAGAUUAAACGAUACAAUAUGAAUUUACCAGGCAGAUAAAUUGUGAAAACAGAAUACAGAGAACAAAAUUAUUCGAGUUUGGACGCCGAUGCCUAUUUCCCUUUCGUAAAAGGUCGUUGCCAUUUUUAACGGUCAAUGUCACGAUUUGUAACGAAGCCUUUAGUCCUGAUAGAUGUAAUAUACACCCUGGAUCACGUUACAAUACCGUAAGGCAAAUAAUACGUUUUUAAAUAGUCUUAGAAAGAACGACGUUGAAGCCGAAGUUGAAUUUUCGUUAAAAGUUAUGGAAUGGGUUUGGGUCACCUGUUAUUGAUGUAUCAGUUAGCAACGAUAGUUUGGUUGUUUAUGUACUUAAAUGUUUCGCAAUUUUGGCGUGUCGGUGUGGUAGUGUAGUGGUAAGGGAGAGAGAGCGGAAUAUAAAAGGUCUUUCUUUUUAAUAGAAACACUUUCAAUAACAGGUCAAAUUUUAAGUGUCUUAAAAAUGACAGCGGCCGUUAACGAAAGGGACAACCCAUGCCGAUGCACUUCUGAAAACCUUAAGUUACUUCAUUUCGUCAUUAACAUUGUUGCGGUUGUACAUGUGUGAUUGCAAUAGUUUUUUUUCCAUCAAUGCACCUUUUCAUGCUGCAUGUUGUAGAUACAGUCGAGACUCUCCAAAACAGACACGCUGGGGGCCGCCAGAACUAAGUGGCCUGUUGAAGACCGGGGGUUUCUGCCAUAUAUGGGCUAUGUGGGUAUGUGUUGCUGUGAGGGUUACGGUUUUCAAGCAGUUUACUCAGGGAUAAGGAAUAGAAUGUUUAACGGAAAAACCGUCAGGGAUUAGUGACACUUGUACUUCCAUAGCUGAUAAGGUGAUAUUCGGUAAAGAAAUAUCACCUUAUCAGCUAUUGAUAAGGAAUAGAAAUCAGAGAGUGUGGGUCUAGAAUAGCGUAUUAGGAAACUUAUCGUUUAGUUGAAGUCCAGAAUAGGCAAGCCGCGGGAAAACAAUGACUGCGGGAUAGGAAGGAAUUUGGGGAGUUUAGUCUAGUUUAGGGUAACAUUUCAGCUGAAUUAGGUCUGGUGCAAGCCAAGGGUUUAUGCAGGAUACCAGUAGCACAUCUCCACCCAAGAAACCAAAUGCCCUGAACAGUAAUGCUAACAAAGCAAGUAAGAUACAGCGACGACAUUGUGGAGGUCUGAUUGUAUUUGUAAUUAAUGACAAUACAAAUUGAAGGGUACAGAGGGUUGGCUUAGUGUGAUGCCUACAUCAUACAUCACCUUUACUUAAAUUCGGAUUUACAAAGUAGACAGAAUAAUUGUGGAAAAGACAGAAUGUAAUUAUAUUGUGGUUUGUUACAGGUUGCUUUCAUGCAGCACCGUCCGAGUUCAAGAAAGCCACUUGUUCGAGAAUAUCCUGUGGGACAGACAACGGAAGUCAGACCUAAUGAUGAUUCAUCUUGGUCCUCAGCAAUGUCAAAUGAAUCUGCUGCUAAUGCCCCUUCUCCCACUCCAGUUGCCGCACCACCUCCACCCUUAAGCAACCAGUAG